AUGUCAACUGCCACAGAAUAUAAAGCAACACUUAAUUUAAAGACAUUCAACAGAGAUCAUGGAGUUAGAAAGAUUAGAGUGCAUCCAGAAAGUAAUAUAUCCUACUUAAAAACAAUAGAAGGAGAAGAUUGUCUGUUUAUAUAUAAAAAGAAGGUUCUAAUAGAGUCAAUGACCUUUAAAUUUUAUUCUAUGAACGAUGGGGAUAUCAUCUGCGUCAUCCCUUAUCAAAAUGAACUGAUGCCCCGAUAUUUUCCUAAAGAUCCAAAGCACUGUUUAGGAUUAGAAAUAGAGAGAUUAAAAGUAAUAGACCAGAAAUACACAAAAAUUGAAGGAUUUCCAAACGGUUCAAAGAAGAUAUCAUUUCUUAAAGAACAGCUUGAUGAUAUGGCCAACAUAGAAUCGAGGAAAUUUAAUGAGAUCGAUAUUACAUUUGUUCCAAAAGGCCCGAAACUCUCAAAAACUCCUUUACCAAAGUUUUGGUAA